UUUAUAGAUUCCUCGCCUUCGGUUAUAUUAUUCAACAAAAUGGUUGAAGCUAUCGCGACUUUUGGUCUAGCAGUCAAUAUUAUGCAAGUUGUCGGCGUCGGUGCUAAAUUCAUUGAUCUCGCUUGGAAGAUAUGGCGCUCCGAGAAGGAGAUCGUCGACGAAUUUACCACGUCGCGGUCUAUUUCACAAGAUCUCAAGGUGGCCCUACAGCAUAUACCCAUAACCACAUCGUCGCCCCGAGACCCGGUUGAAGAUGAAAUCAACAGCAGAAUACUCGCGCUAACCAAAAAAUGUGGGACAGUCGCUCAGCAGAUAAUCAACUCGUUGGAUAACAUUGGAAUCUUAGACGGUUCCCAUAGGGGAAUGUGAAAGAAGCGAAAGGCCUUCAUAACCGCUUUUAAGAUCGUUU